AGCAAGCCGGGCUGUGUGUUGGUGACAAGAUCACAGAGGUGAACAGCGUGAGCCUGGAGAACAUCACCAUGAGCAGCGCCGUCAAGGUCCUCACUGGCAACAACCGCCUCCGCAUGGUGGUCAGGCGAAUGGGCCGCGUGCCGGGCAUCAAGUUCUCCAAGGAGAAGACAGCAUGGGUGGACGUGGUGAACAGGCGGCUGGUGGUGGAGAAAAGCGGCUCGACGCCAUCGGAGAGCGGCUCCGAGCGGCUCAUUGUCCAUCUCUACACCACCUCUGAUGACUACUGCCUGGGCUUUAACAUCCGCGGCGGCAGGGAGUUCGGCCUUGGCAUCUACGUCUCCAAGUACGGGCAUCCUGGGGGGCAUGAGGGGGACGUGGCCCCCUGAUCCCCACUGUGCCUGUGCUGGGUCAAGUUUGAAGACAUAAGCCAUAGCAAGGCAGUGGAGGUGCUGAAGGGGCAGACCCACAUCAUGCUAACCAUCAAGGAGACGGGCCGGUUCCCUGCCUACAAGGAGAUGGUGGCCGAGUACUGCUGGAUCAGUCGCUUGACCAACGGGCAGCUGCAGCAGCUGUCUCAGACCUCGGAGACCAGCUCCUCCAUCUCCUCGUACUCCUCGGGGCCAGCACCGGGGGUGAUGAACGGGCUGGGGACGGCCACCCCAGGGCCCCCCACCCGCACCGUGGAUGUGGCCAUCUCCACCGAGGAUGGGCCACGACGGGGCUGGGCUCGGGAGCGUGCCGAACGGGCCAUGCAGACCGAGCCGGCUGCUGAGGGUCUGCCGGAGACACGGCGCACAGUGCGGCCCCCCGAGCUGCUGCGGGACACGGCCAUCCGGGGCCAGGGCACCCGCGAGCCCCCUGGCACCCACCCACACCGGACCUUUGCCCACUCGCCCAAGACGGCGCUGCUGCUG